AUGGCGCCGACACAUCCCUCCCUACCAGCCAUCUCGACGGCCCUUUCUCCUACCACUGCCAGUCCUAACUCUGCCCAACCCACCCCUACGCCCACCGACGAGGACCCCAAGAGGCGCGUGGCCAGGAAGCUUCGAAGAAAACGUCGCAACGAAACCUACGCCAUGGACCUGCCAGAAAGGCUAAAGGGCGGGAAUGACAGUGAAGACGAGGAAGACCUUAUGCCUGCCGGUAACACCCAAAAUGGACCUCCCAUGUUCAUGAACAUGAACCAGAGCAUCUUUGGUCUCAUUGCUGCUGCCGGUUCGCGAGUCGACUUUCACGAUCGGUUCGAGGGCCAAUCGAGUGACGACGACGACGAGUCGGGCCACCAGACGACAAAGCCUGACAAGCACACAGCCACUUCGCCGGAGCCAGAAUCUAACCCUGUCCAAAACGACCGUCAUGGGCCAAAGCGACUAAGGAACGCCGUCAUCGUCGGUCCGGCUCGGCAGGCAACGUCAUUGCCCGCUCUCUUCAGGCUUUGCCUCGCCUCGGGAAACGGAGGUCCAAGAAAGAAUCGUCAAAGCUGGAGCCCCCCGUCCGAAGACGCAAGCGAGUCCUCCGUGCCUCAGUCCUCACUGCACGAGUCGGCUGAGGAGGACCAGGAUCAGUAUAAACUAGCGCCCGUCAUGAGCCGUAUGCUCGAGGCCCGGGCGGAUGUGGCUUCGCGGCCGAGUUUUGACCUCGACCGCCUGACAAGUGAGCAUUCUCGCCGUGAUUCGAGCGACUUAGGACCGAGCCCUUUGGCACUGCGAUUGGCCGAGAUAUUCGAGUUCACCAAGCCGGAGGAGGUCAUUGAGGAAUACCCAUGCUGGCUCCUCCAGAGCGUACUCUUGCAAGGUUACAUGUAUAUUACAGCCAGGCAUAUCUGUUUCUAUGCAUAUCUUCCUAAGAAAGCCACCCAGCACGAGGUUGUCAAGUCGGGCUACCUCUCAAAAUCCGGCAAACGCAACCCCAAGUACAACCGCUACUGGUUCCGUAUGAAGGGUGACGUUCUUACCUACUACCGCGACCCUUCCAACGUCUACUUUCCCAGCGGUCAGAUCGAUCUACGCUACGGCAUUUCUGCGAGCAUCACCGACAAGGAUAAGGCCGGCCUGCACUUUUCAGUGACGACGAGCCACCGCACAUAUCAUUUCCGGGCGGACAGUGCGCCGAGCGCAAAGGAAUGGGUGAAGAGCCUGCAGCGCGUCAUCUUCCGAUCCCACAAUGACGGCGAUAGCGUCAAGAUUUCCAUGCCCAUCGAGAAUGUUAUUGACAUUGAAGACAGUCAGAUGUUGCAGUUUGCCGACACCUGCAAGAUUCGCGUCAUCGACAAUGACGAGACAUACGCUAUUGACGAGUACUUCUUCUCAUUUUUCAGCUUUGGCAAGGAAGCCAUCAACGUGUUGAAAAUCAUGUUUGAGGGUGCGUCGGCCGAGACGAAGGAUCCCGCAGAUUUACCCAAGGGUGCAUCUGCGCGGACGUCGAUUGCCGCAAACCGACGCAGUAUAGGCCCUGAUAAGAUUGGCAUUGCCAGACUGCCCGAAAAUGUCAAGGCUACGUUGUCGCCCAUGUCACCGACAAGUCCUCUCGGACCGAGUCCUCGACCCAGUGCCGAUGUGGCCAGGCCCAGCAUGGAUGCUUUCAGGGUCUUUGGCCGCAAAAGCCUUGAUUUGUCGAGCGUCACUCGUGAUGCCUCUCCGCGCCGCAGCUUCAGUGGCAGCCGCUCGCACAGCCGAAACCGACUGGAGGAUUCACGCAACACGGUCGACAAGAACGAGUCAUCCGAUUCAUACGUCCAGUCAUCGAUGGAGGAUCCUAGCUUCUCUGCCAUGGCGGCCUCAUCCAAUGAAGAUGCCUCAGCUAGUCAGAUUCUACAUCGUAGUGACGUUUUCCAGAGCCCGACCAUGCGCCGCUCGGGAUCGCGCACACGGCAGUCGUCUAAGAAGACGGUCCAAGGAACUCAAUCACCUCCUGCUCUUGCAACAUAUUCCGGCCAACACGCUGCCACAACAGGCUCUAUAGCCGAUGAUCCCAACAAAGGCCCCUCCCUGCAGAGCAUCACGAAGAUGGGCGCCUAUCCCCUGCAGCGGGUCGGUGCCUUUGCCGAGUACCUUAACAGUUCAAGCCGCCGCAUGAGCUCUAUGUUGGCGACGGAAUCCAUGGGCUACGUUGAAAAGGUGUCUGGUAUGUGGAAGGGCAACCGGAAGCACUACGAUGCGCCGCCCGAAACGCGUACGGAUGACGAGGAUUUGUAUGAGGAUUCGGAGGGGAGGGUCCAAUUAUCGACAGAGCGGUUCCGCGCGCACUUCGCGCUGCCUGAGACUGAGAAGCUGCAGGUGACGUACUAUGGCUUCCUAUUCCAGGUGUUACCGCUAUAUGGCAAGAUUUACAUCAGCGACCGUUUCCUGUGUUUCCGAAGCCUCCUCCCUGGAACACGAACCAAGCUCAUUCUCCCUCUCAAGGAUAUUGAGAAUGUAGAUAAGGAGAAGGGAUUUCGAUUUGGAUACUCUGGGUUGGUUUUAGUCAUCCGCGGUCAUGAGGAGGUAUUUUUCGAAUUCAGUCAGCGCGACGCGCGCGAGGAUUGCUUCGGCCAUCUCCUGAAGAGUGUCGAGCGGUCGCGCUUCCUACAUAACUCCGGUAUGCUCAACCGUGAGGACAAGGAGGAUGCUGAGUAUGCGCUGGCUGAGAGGGAAGCCCUCAAGGAGGCUCGGCAGGAUGAGUUCCACGAUCACGAGGUCAAGCUGCCCGAGCAGACAUCCUGCCUCAGCGACGCUCCGACGAUUCUUUUCGAUGAUCCCAAGGCAUCUUUCCUCAACUUCAAGCCCGCACAGUCGCUUAAGGUCACCUGCCUGACUAUUGGUUCGCGGGGUGACGUGCAGCCAUACAUUGCUUUGUGCAAGGGGCUCAUCGCCGAGGGUCACAGGCCGCGCAUCGCAACACAUGCCGAGUUCCAGCCGUGGGUCGAAAGUCAUGGGAUCGAGUUCGCUAAGGUCGAAGGCGAUCCCGGUGAGCUCAUGCGGCUGUGCAUUGAAAACGGCACUUUCACAUUUUCUUUCAUUCGCGAAGCCAACUCAAUGUUCCGUGGCUGGCUGGACGAACUUCUUGUUUCAGCUUGGGAGGCUUGCCAGGGAUCGGACCUGCUGAUUGAGAGCCCGAGUGCCAUGGCGGGCAUUCAUGUUGCCGAAGCCUUGGGCAUCCCAUACUUCCGAGCCUUCACAAUGCCGUGGACGCGGACGCGAGCGUACCCACACGCCUUUGUUGUGCCCGAGUCGAAAUUGGGCGGUGCCUAUAACUACAUGACGUACAUCAUGUUCGACAAUAUCUUCUGGAAGGCGACGGCAGGACAGGUCAACCGCUGGAGGAACAAGACGCUCAAGCUGCCAAACACGAACCUCGAAAAGAUGCAGCCGAACAAGGUCCCUUUCUUGUACAAUUUCUCGCCCUCGGUCGUGGCGCCGCCGCUCGACUUUUCCGACUGGAUUCGCGUUACAGGAUACUGGUUCCUGGACGAAGCUACCAAGUGGGAACCGCCCAAGGAGCUGACGGACUUUAUUGCUCAGGCGCGCGCCGACGAUAAGAAGCUCGUCUACGUUGGGUUUGGCUCCAUUAUUGUCAACGACACAGCCAAGAUGACGCAGGAGGUCAUUGAUGCUGUGCUCAAGGCCGACGUGCGCUGCAUCCUUUCCAAGGGCUGGUCAGACCGUGUGGCAAGCAGCGGCGAUGCCGGCACUGAUGAUGCUGCUGCAACAUCCAAGCGCGAGGAGCCGGUCAUGCCACCCGAGAUUCACGUCAUUAAGAGCGCGCCGCACGACUGGCUGUUCUCACAGAUUGACGCCGCGGCGCAUCAUGGCGGCAGCGGAACUACGGGCGCGAGUCUACGCGCAGGCAUCCCGACAAUCAUCCGUCCGUUCUUUGGCGACCAAUUCUUCUUCGGUAACCGGGUUGAGGACAUUGGGCUUCGCGCGUGCUCUGUGGAGGCGACGCACAACGAGCGCAUGAUCAUCAAGGCGCGCGUGCUGGGCGAGCAAAUUCGCAAGGAAAACGGUGUCGAGAGCGCCAUCCAGUGCAUUUCCCGCGAUAUGGAGUACGCCACAAGCCUCGUCAAGCGCAAGGGCGACAAGAACCGCAAAGGGAGCCCAAGGCCAGCAGGCUGA